AUGCCUCGAGAUCCGUUGAUCGGUUUGGUCGGCAAGCCCUCGUCAGGAAAGUCGACAACACUCAACAGCUUGACAGAUGCUACCUCCAAAGUCGGUCCGUUCACGACCAUCGAUCCUCAACGCGCAAUCGGCUACCUGCAAAUCUCAUGUCCCUGCGCGCGCACCGGCGUCUCAGACCGCUGCAAACCCAACUACGGCUCCUGUAUUGAUGGGCGGCGCUCCGUGCCCAUCGAGUUGCUAGAUGUAGCAGGAUUGGUGCCAGGAGCGCAUAUGGGUAAAGGACUGGGAAAUCGAUUUCUGGAUGAUCUCAGACAUGCGGAUGCGCUGGUGCAUGUGGUAGAUGUCAGUGGAACAACGGAUGCCGAGGGCAAGGCGACAAGAGGCUACGACCCAUCACAAGACAUUGUCUGGUUAAGGAGCGAGAUCGUGCGCUGGAUACAAGGCAACCUCAUGGAGAAAUGGGGGUCGAUCAAGAGGCGGCACAUUGCAGUUAAAGCGACAGCUGUGGAAACGCUACAAAACCAGUUCUCCGGAUAUGGCUCAACGAGCUCGGUCGUAGCCCGCUGUCUAGAUAAACUAGCCCUCAAAGAACCACUACAAGACUGGAGCAACGAAACGAUAGAAAAAGUCGUCAACGCCUUCACAGACGAGAAAUUCCCCACCGUCAUCGCCCUGAAUAAAAUCGACCACCCAGACGCAGACAAAAACAUCGCAAAGAUAGCAAAGAUGCAAGACCCCAAAUCCAUCGUCCUAGCCAGCGCAAUAAGCGAAGUCUUUCUACGGAAACUGGCGAAACAGGGGUUUGUCAAGUACACCGAAGGCAGCGAGUUCGUCGACACGCGCGAGGACCUGAUAGAGCAAGGCGACCCCACCGGCGGCGGCCUCAAAGAACUCGACGAAAAGCUCAAGCAGCGGAUUGAAAAUCUCAAGGACAUGGUUCUGUACCGCUUCGGCAGUACGGGCGUCGUCCAGGUGCUCUCGCGCGCGGCCGAGUUACUGGGUCUUGUGCCUGUUUUUCCCGUGCGGAAUAUACACGCGUAUACGAGCGGGAGUGCGAGUUCCACGGCCGUGUUUCGGGAUUGCGUGUUGGUUAAGAAGGGGAGUACCGUGGGCGAUGUGUAUAGGAAGGUCAUGGGGGAUGCGCCGCUGGCGUAUGUGGAUACUGAGGGGGGCAGGAGGGUGGCGGAAGAUGAUCUUGUGGCUGUGGGGAAGAAUGAUAUUUUGUCGUUCAAGGUUGGGAGGGCGUAG